GGUCUGCCCCCAUUCCCACCCCCUCUGCCACCCCCCCAGGACUCCGGGGACAAAGCCAGCCCCUUCCUCAACAUCUACUGCGACUAUGAGCCCGGCUCCGAGUACGACCUCGACUCUGUGGCGCAGAGUUGCCUCAACCUGGAGCUCCAGUUCACCCCGUUCCAGCUCUGCCACGCCGAGGUCUGCAUCGGUGACAAACCUGAGACGGUUUUUCUGCUGAGCGGGAACGACCCUUCUGUCCACCUCUACAAGGAGAAUGAAGGCUCGCACCAGUUUGAGGAGCAGCCGGUCCAGCACCUCUUCCCAGAGCUCCAGGACCUGCCCAGCAACGUCCUCUGGCUCAACGUCUGCAACAUCCCCGGCGCUGGCCAGCGCAUCACCGCCUUUGGUUGCCAGAGUGGCUACGUCCGCGUCGCUCGGGUGGACCAGGCCAGUCGAGCGGUGCUCCAGAGCUGGAGUAUCCAGCAGGACGGUCCCAUCUCCAAGGUCCUGGUGUUCCCGCUGCCGUCGGAGCUGGGAGCCGGCGCAGUCCAGGACGGUGACGCCAUCGCCGCACAGGGCUACAGCGUCCUUGUCACCAGCACCAUCGAGCUCUCCGUGGUGUACAGGGACGUCUUAACCAAUGGACUGGGCGACCAGUUGAUUUUACCGGCCAGCGACCAGUAUGACAGCGUCCUCUGCGCGCUGGUGACCGAUGUCGACUUUGAUGGCGCCCGCGAGAUCCUCCUCGGCACUUAUGGGCAGGAGCUUCUCUGUUACAAAUACACCGGCGCCGCGGGGAAUCCGCCCGGUGAAUUCCGUCUCCUUUGGACACGGCGUUUCCCCAGCCCGCUGCUUUCCAUGAUCUACACCGACCUGACCGCCGACGGGCUCUGCGAGUUGGCCGUCGUCUGCCUGAAGGGGCUUCAUGUCCUGCAGCAGCACAGCUUGGAACCGACGGCCCGGUGCAUCCUGGAGCGGCUUCGGGCGGAAGUGGAGCGCCGAGCCCGGCGUGGGGUGGUGGUCGAGUGACCCGGCCGCAGAAGACGACACCGAAGAUGACGCCAGCGUCCCCCGGCCUCGACGGUGGCAAGACCGCCGCCGACUUGGA